GAGUGCGAGGGUCUAAAAAUACUACCAUCUCUCUCAUUAUCUAUCUUUGUCGUGUCGCUCGAGUUGAUCGAAAUCUCGUCGCGACACACCAAGAAGACACUAGUCAGUUCCUCCACUGCAAACGACCUUUAACCCAAACAAACUGACUUACCGCGACCUAGCGCGAGGACGUUUUCUGUGCAAGUGUCACCCGUAAGAAUUAUCUUUGUGCGCGUGUGCUGUUUAACUGCCCAAGGUGGUAAACUCGAAAUGCUGAGGUCGAUGCACUUGCUUGUUAUACUUAUUAGCCUUCCAGGUCUAAUGACACAUGAUGAUGAACAAAGCUUGAUGGAUGUUCCUUUGGAGUAUAAUGGGUCGAAGAGGGUAUUAUGUCCUUCUAAAACAUACAAAAAUAAUCAACCAGUCGACAGAUUUGAUUCAUCCAUUACAUUACGACAACUACGAUCAGAAAUGGGUCGUAUGACUUCAGUACAAGACAAACCACUGGAUGGAUAUAUAAUUACUUCUGAUGAUGAUCAUCAGAAUGAAAAUGUUUCUCCACACGAUAUGAAACGAGAAUUUCUCACUGGAUUCUAUGGAAGUGCUGGUGAAGCAUUAGUAACUAUGAAAAAAGCAGUAUUAUGGACAGAUGGGAGAUAUCACCUUCAAGCAGACCAACAGCUCGACUGCAACUGGAUUCUUAUGAAACAUGGUCAAGCUGGAGUUCCUACCCUAACCCAAUGGUUGAAACAUGAAUUUCGUAAUUACACAGAAGUUAGAGUGGGAGCUGACCCGAUGUUAAUUCCAGCUCAUGUUUGGGAUACAUGGCAAAAGGAAUUAGCACAAUCAACUGUAAGUCUGGUAGAAGUUCAAACGAAUUUAAUUGAUUUAAUCUGGCAAGUGGGUCGACCAAAGAAUAAUACCUAUGCUGCUUAUCCGUUGGAAGAUAAGUAUUCUGGUCAACCAUGGCAGGAAAAAGUUCGACAAGUGAGAUUGAAAAUGGAACUAUUCAAAGCAGAUGCAAUUGUUAUAACAGCUCUUGAUGAAAUUGCUUGGCUGUUGAAUAUUCGAGGGUGGGAUUCACCAAAUACACCUGUUCUCAAAUCCUAUGUUAUCAUCACUCAAGGAGCUAUUUAUCUCUAUGCUGAAAGGUUUAAAAUUUUACGUUCUGUUGAUAUACACUUAAAAACAGAUGGAUGUUAUUAUGCAGAUUGUGUGAGAUUACGAAAUUAUGCAGACAUAUGGAGUGAUUUGAGAACAAUGUCUCAAACGUGGAACAAGGUCUGGCUGCCUUCCAAUUGUGGUUAUGCUCAAGGAGCAUCACGAAAAAUUUAUAUGUCUAUUCCAGAAGCAAAAACAUUACCAAAGCCAUCACCAAUCAUCGAAAUGAGAGCAGUUAAAAAUGAAGUUGAAAUCAAUGGAAUGAGACAAGCUCACUUGCGAGAUGCUGUAGCCAUGUGUGAUUUUUUAGCUUACAUGGAGCAACAGCUGGAGUAUAAAGCGGCUGGUUGGGAUGAAAUGCAAGUAGCUAGAGUUGUUAAUGAUUUUCGUCUUGAGAUGAAUCUCAAUCAAGGCAUUGCUUUUCCAACCAUAGCUGGCUAUGGUCCACAUGCAGCAUUGCCACAUUAUGAACCAACGGAAAGAACUAGCUUGAUUAUUGGUUUAAAUUCAACAUUGGUCAUUGAUUCUGGAGGGCAAUAUUUAGAUGGAACCACUGAUGUAACAAGAACAUUUCAUUUUGGGGAACCAACUCAGGAACAAAAAGAAGCUUAUACUCGGGUGCUCAUAGGUUCUAUUGAAUUAGCUUCUUUAGUAUUUCCUAGCGAUGUUCGAACAGAUCAGCUAGAUGCUUUAGCAAGGAAAUCUUUAUGGAAUGUUGGUGAAAAUUAUAUGCAUGGAACAGGUCAUGGCAUUGGACACUUUCUAUCUGUUCACGAACCUCCAAUUAGUGUAUCAUAUAUCAGUAGUACAUUAUCUACACCAGGUUGUACUGCUAAUUUAGCUCCUGGAAAUUUUCUAUCAAAUGAACCUGGAUUUUACAAAGCUGAUGAUUUUGGAGUUCGUUUAGAAAAUAUAUUAGAAGUUAUUAAAGCAGAUAUACCACAAAAAGAAAAACAAGUUUUUUUGAAAUUUCGAGAAGCAACCUUGAUUCCUUAUGAACCAAAGCUAAUAGAUCCAUACAUGUUGAGUCCUGCACAUAGACGAUGGUUAAAUGAAUAUAAUCAACGAAUAAGAGAUGAAGUUGGACCUGAACUAAAAAAGCAUUUAAGAAUGAAAGCACUUGAGUGGAUGAUAAAAAAAACAAGAAGCAUUCCUGAGUGGGGUAAUGUUGACUUGCAAUAUUUUGUUGGUCACGCUAAUCCCAUCUUUUCAAAACAUUCACUUCUCCUCGUUACCUUGGUAGUAUUUUUUCAAGUUUGGAAAGAUGAUUACACGAUAUUCAGUUAAAACAUUAAAUGAUUGAGUUAUUUAAAAAAAAACUUAUGCACCUUUAUGACAAAAUUCGAUCAUUUUAUUUUUUACUAUUUAUAAGAAGUGAUGAUGGGUAUUAUUAUUAAUUGAUUAGUCAAAUAAAGUAAAUUAUAUACUUUUAUAUUAAAAAGUAUUAAACUAUUGUUAAUUUAUGAGUAAAAAAUAUAAAUGUAGGAGAAUGAAUGCAUCUUGUAGGAAACAAGUUAGUACCUUCAAGUGUUAGUUUAAAUUAAAUAAAAAUAUUUAGAUAGAAGAAUAAAUAAAG